CUGCAUUCUAAUCUCUUCUCCUUCGUCGUUGUUGCUUUUCCCAGAAGUGCAUAUUACUCUUGCAAAUCAUUUUCGAGGGUUCUCCUGAGUGUCCCUUCUUCCCUACCGAAUUUCUGAAAUGAUUUAGGGAUUGAGAUAGCUUCAGGAAUGAGUGAAGAAAUCCAAAAUUUGAAAGUACAUGAUGGCACCAGUUCCCAGAACAUGCAGCGACCAACUAUCUGUUUGUUCGUGGAGCAUGAGUAUUCUGAGAUGUCUCAUUCGCUAUACAUGUUUCCCUUGCCACUUGAUCUAUCUGACUACGAUGAAUUGAUAGAUUCAGAGGGGUUCAUGGCUGAUUCUAAAUACAGUUCCACCGUCCUAACCUUCUCAGAGAAGAAUCGCUUUUUGCCUUACUCUGCCUCCGCCAACCUUGGCUCCAAAAUCUACUUCUUUGGGGGCAACCUGGGCCGUGUGCAAGGACUUUCCUCCGAUGAAGAGAAGAGGCUAGCUCAUCAGGUUCAGGUUUUCGACACUGAUGACCCAGAGCAAGGAAUGCGGUUCGUGGCACCCUUGAAUGGUCCCAAGCAGAGUCCUUGCGUGUUUGUUGCCGAUGGUAUGAUCUAUGCCCUUGGUACCACAUUGUUGGACUGUGAGGGGACCCUUCCCGGUUGUAAAGGUACCGGCUUCUUUGAGCGCUAUGAUCCUAGUUCUGACCAUUGGGAAGUUCUUCCUGACCCUCCCCUUCCCUAUUAUAAGUGGAAGGGUCUUGAAUUAAUGGGUCAUGCCACUGUGGUGGGUCGACGAGUUUUCAUUGGUGGGUAUCUUGAUUUGGUCUUUAACUUGGACACCCAGGAUUGGGAUCCAAGGCCGCCUCCAGAACUGGCUGCUCUCUUCUGCUUUGGCUCCCUCUUUGUACGGGACACUGCUUCCCUCUACCACCUCUGUGGGCCUAAUGUCUGGAAUCCAGGAACUGCUUAUGUUUUCGAAUGUUAUGACGGUGAUUCCAUACAGGUUAUUAAAAGAGGACCACUCACCACCAACACUGCCACCAAAGGAGGGGACUGUGACAGCAGCUUGCUCAAAGACUGCUCCCGAGCUUCUGUCAAGGAACAGGUUAUGGCUGAAGAGACUGAGUUGGAUGAGAACAAGUUCUUCACGGAAUUCACCUUUUUCCCUUGGAGAGAUAUUUUCCACAUGGGUGGCCGCAUCUUCUGUUACAUUGUGACUGCCGAACUUGUUAACCGCUGUGACUUCACGCAUGAAGAACCCAACUCUCGUGGUCUUUGGAUCAAGUUUUUUGAGGAGGUUCCGCUUCAUACAGAAAAUCGUAAUGGUGGCAAUUGCGAUAAGACCCGAUUCCGGUCUUUAGCUUCUUUCUGCUAUAAAAUUGACACCAAUUUCCGCAGCCGUUCCAGGCAUAUACGUGUCUCUGUUCUCGGCACUGUUCCUGACUCUUGGAUUAAUAUGCCACUGAAGGAAAAGCAGGAAACUAAGCUGAAGCACAAAAUAGGUAAAAAGAGUAAGGUCUUCGAUUCCCAAAUAGGCACUAGUAUGCAGGACCGAAGUUUGUUGAUGAAGAUAGAGGGAGAGGGGUAUAAAGCGGAGCAGAGCUGCCCUGAACUGAAGAAAACUGAGAAUACGUUGAAUGGGGACUACAAUCUGAAGAAGCUUUUAACAGUUCUAGAAGAAGAAAACAGCAGGCUUGCAAGUGAGUUGGCAAGGAAGAAUGAGCUUUUGAAGGCUUAUGAGAUGAUGUUACCGAAAACUGGUCGAGCUUAGUGGAAGUGAAGUGGUAUGUCUCUAAUAUGGAGGUGGAGUGAAAUUUUGGAAUUUAUAAAGAGACGGGCUGUAUCCAUCUUUUGAGGUGCUUGAAGGUCGGAAAUGACGAGGACAGUCCUAAGGAAAUCAAAGAAGGCUCAAAAUAUCGAAGGAAAGAGAGUUGCCAAUCUAUUUCAAUUUUCAGAGCAAUCUUCAGUUCAACCUUCAAAAUCUUUGUUGAUAUCUCGUGGAUGAGAGUCGUGAAUGAAUUUCACAGAUCCAAUGGAUGAGAGUCGCCCAAAUCUUUGAUAAUAUCCAACCAAUUUCAAUUAAUCAGGAAGUUCAUUUUGAUUACAUGCCUCAUGAGGCAUUAAAAAAGUCUUUGUCAACGUGUCAAAUGUCGCGAUUCUGAAAGUUCAACCUUCAAAUUUUAUAUGUAAAGAAUAUAUGAUCACUUGUUAU